GCCAGACACUUCACCCAGAGCUGCGUUGUGGGGCUGGUGCUGCCAUGGAAGCAGUACCUCCCUUGGGAUGCACAUUUCCCACCCCUGGAGGCAGGGUACAGGACUGGUGCACGUGGAUCCCCCAGGUGUGGAUCCCCCAGCACCUCUUCCACUGGCUGUGAGUCUGGGUUUGGGGCAGAGCUGCUCUGUGCCCACCUGUCCCCAAGGCCUGGCUCUCGUGCUCUCCCUCUGAGUGAGCUGGGACUGGGCUUCAUCCCAUGGCUGCCACAGCUGGAGCCAGUGCUGUUGGAGUGGAAAUCUGCCCUCGUGUGUCAGCCCAGCCCUGAGCUGAGCUCUGCACACACAGCCCAGCUGUGGCUCUGCACUGUCUCCAUGGGGACACAGAUCCACACUGGCAGCUCCUCGUGGGAGCCACUAGAGGGAAGGUGCUGGGACAGGCACCAGGAAUUCUCCUGCAUCCCCUCCCUCCCUGUCCCUCGUGGUACGCUGACCCUUCACUUCCUGCUGGGGUAUGGAGCCUUCUCCCUGUCCCCCAGCAUCACCACCCCACCCAGCUCUGCACAUCUGGGACCAAAAUCUGCUGCAGCCAGAGCCCCCCCAGCCUCGCCUGCUGCUUGCACGAGGAGAGCUUGGCAGUGCCCCCCAGUAGGUAGUGGGUCUACCUAGGAUUUGGGGACCAGUAAGUGACCAAACUGCACCACUAACCACUUCUUCCUUACAAAGCAUUCCCGUGCCCUGGAAUCUCUGUACAUACGUGACUCUGUCAUUUCUCAUCCUGCCGUUAGGACACUCGUACAAAUACCACUCGUGCUCUGAAAUGGAACCAAUAAAUUAUGUUGUAUUUACACAGCA